CGUCCUGGAGCCAGAAUGCUCAGCCUUAUAGGUGUGAUCUACACAUGUGACUUCACUGUUUGAAGCCUCAGUUUUGUCAUUCGCAGAAUGGACAUAAUCUAAGCUACUUCAUGGGACUGUUGGGAGGAUUAAAUGAGACAAUGCUUGUAAAGCUUUUUGCUCGAGGGAGCCCUGGAGGCAGGGCCUGGCGGGCAGAGCUCGCCCGCUGUCCCCUGGGACCACGGGCAGCAUGAAGACCCCCGUGGAGCUGGCCGGCAGCAGGAUGCAGACCCUCCACCUUCAGCCCCGCUGCCGGGGCAGCUGCCGGGUCAAGGCCAGGCCGUCGUAUGUGGAUGAGACUCUUUUCGGCAACCCUGCGGGCACCCGGCCCACCCCACCAGACUUUGACCCACCCUGGGUGGAGAAGGCCAACAGAACCAGAGAAGCGGGCACAGGAAUAUCACGACCCUCGGGCGCCAACCCGAGCUGUGAGACCACCUCCUCCAGAGGCAGCACCCCGACCCUUACACCAAGGAAGAAGAACAAGUAUAGACUGAUCGGCCACACUCCUUCUUACUGUGAUGAGUCGCUGUUCGGCUCCCGACCCAAGGGUGCCAGCUGGCAGGCCCCGUGGAUGGCGAAGGGGGAUACUGCGAAACUCCACGCCCUCUUCUGGACACCCCCAGCUACCCCUAGGGGCAGCCACUCGCCCCGCCCCAGAGAGACCCCAGUUCGAGCCAUUCACCCUGCUGGUCCCUCGGAGACAGGGCCCAGGGUGGCUGCAGACUCCCGGAAGUUGUCCAGGGAUGGGCUGGACCCUCCACACCCCCUGAGGCGGGAGCGUUCCCAUUCCCUCACCCACGUGAAGGUCCCCAGCACUGGUCGCCCACCCACCAGUGCCCCCCGUGCAAAUGGGCCCCGGGAUCCCAGGCCUUCCCCGUCGGGGGUGACCUUCCAGAGCCCCCUGGUGACUCCCAGGGCUCAUUCAGUCAGUGUUUCAGUGCCAGCUACCCCCCGACAAGGUGGGGCCACCCAGAAACCAAAGCCCCCCUGGAAGUGAGUUUCUUGGUUCUUCCAUCAGGUUUGCCCAUGGGGUCAAAGCGAGGGGCACGGUUUCAGAGGACGGCCCUGGAGGGGGGCC